AUGGAAACAAGCAUCGUUCUGAGCUCCAGCGAAGAGACUCUGACCAAACUGAAGUCCUGCCUGAAAUUCUGGACCGAGCUGAACGACCUGCGGAAGUUCUGUGACGUCAUUCUCCAGACUGAAGAUGGUGGUGCCUUCGCUGUUCGCAAAGCUAUCAUGGCAGUCUGCAGUCCAUAUUUCCGAGCUCUCUUCACUUCCAAAAUGACCCGGAAGUCUCGUUCUAAAUUCGUCAUCCCAGGUGUUAGUGGUACCAUGCUUCAAAUGAUCAUCCACUAUGCGUACAGUGGCGUUACGGACGUCACGGAGGACAACGUGGUCACUUUAUUGCCCGCUGCUGACCAGUUUAAUGUCCUAGGCAUGCUUAAGGAUUGCACGGACUUCCUGCUGGAGAAAAUGGAUGCGGAGAAUUGCAUUGGAUUUGUCGAUUUCGCCAAAUGCUUUUUUCUCUUGGAUCUCCAGAAAGCUGCAGAAAGCUACUUGCUGAGUCACUUCGCCGAUGUUGUCACCAAGAGCGAAGAGUUCUUAGAGAUGCCCUUGGAAGCUGUUCUGGCAUUACUCAACCACGACCGCAUCAAUGUCCGAAAUGAAGAGUUAGUGUGGGAAGCCGGUAUCCGAUGGAUCGACCACCGGUCAUUUGAGAGGAAGAGGCAUGUAGACGCCAUCAUGCGAUGCGUGCGAUUGGGACUCAUGGAGACACAGUACUUCAUGGAGAAGGUAAAAGUGCAUAAGUACGUGGAGAACAAUGAGUCGUGCAAACCCAUCGUGAUCGACACCCUUCGCUUCCUCUGGGACCUUGAGAUGAUUGGCCAGAAGAAGGAUGUCGUGGAAACCCCCUUUCUGGCUACGCCUCGAAUCCCCUACUCCAUUCUGUUCACCAUCGGGGGAUGGAGCGGAGGAUCGCCCACGAAUCUCAUAGAGACUUACGACACCAAAGCCGACAGGUGGAUAAAAGUGGAAGAAGUGGAUCCUGCUGGUUCUCGUGCCUAUCACAAACUGGCAGUAAUUGGAUUCGACAUAUACGUUAUUGGAGGGUUCGACGGCAACGACUACUUCAACAGCUGUCGGUGCUUCAACGCUGUCACCAAGCAAUGGAGAGACAUCGCGCCUAUGCAUUCCAAGAGGUGCUACGUAAGCGUUGCUGCAUUGGGUGAUCUCGUCUACGCUAUGGGAGGUUACGACGGCCACCACCGCCAGAACACCGUCGAAAGAUAUGAUAAGUAUACUAAUCAGUGGACAUUUGUGACUCCCAUGAAUGUGCAGCGAAGCGAUGCUAGCGCCACCACUCUGAACGGCCGCAUUUAUAUCGUUGGUGGCUUCAACGGCAGCGAAUGCCUGGCGUCUGCAGAAUUUUACAACCCUCAAACUGACCAAUGGACAACCACCCCUUCCAUGAAACAGCGUCGUUCUGGUGUAUCGAUCAUCAGCCAUCAUGGUCAAAUUUAUGCUCUCGGAGGAUUCAAUGGUAUAUCAAGACUCGUGAAUGGAGAAAAGUACGAUCCUGAGACAGAUCAAUGGUCGCCCAUCCCAGACAUGUUCAACCCAAGGAGCAAUUUCGCCAUCGAGGUAAUGGACGACAUGAUCUUUGUAAUAGGAGGCUUCAAUGGCGUCACCACCAUCUAUCACGUGGAAUGCUACGACGAGAGGACUGGGGAAUGGUACGAGGCGACGGACAUGAACUCUUACCGAUCAGCACUAGCGGCAUGUGUGGUACAGGGUCUGCCUAAUGUGGAUGACUACAUCCACCAAAAUCGCUCGGGUCUUAUGGAGGAGAAGAGGCAGAAACUACUGCAGCAACAGGCUGUCCAAGAGGGGCGAGCCAGGAUGCCUACACCCAUUCUUGGCAAUGAGCAACAGCAAGAGGAAGAUGAAGAGGACAUCUGACUAGUAUAGGUUUGAAACAAUUUAUCAAAUAUCUACACACAUAGGAAACAGAAAUACAAUUGGUACGAGCAACAGUGAAUGUCAGAAUUCCACACUUUAUAAGCC